AAAAAAACAUUUUACUACUGUAUUGGUACAUAAAAUUAUUUUGCUAGAAAUAUGGAAAAUUAUUACAAGGGUAAAAAUGUUGAAGAAGAGUUAGAUCGAAACAAAAUACCAAUUAAUGGAUUGCCGGACAAUUUUUUGUGGAUGCAGGUAAAAGGCGGCAGUAAAAUGCCUAAUUUGUUGUCACAUGCAAGUGGCAUUCUUGAGGACAAAGCCGCAACAGCUGUUGUGUGGACAGCAGUGGGUGUUGGAAUACCUAAAGCAAUCUCUUGUGCCGAGAUUUUGAAAAGACAAUUUUCUAUUCAACAUCAAGUUAAUAAGUUAACAUUUAAAAGUGUGGAGGAGUACUGGGAGCCUAAAGUGGAUGGACUGGAGACCAUAGUUGUAAAGCGUCAGAUUCCUGUUAUACACAUACUAUUGUCAAUAGAUGAAUUAAGUGAUUGUGAACAACUUGGAUAUCAAAACUCACAAACCAAGCAGUUUUGGCAAAAAGAAUUGACGCCAAGUUCCAAGAGUCAGAAUGCAUACAAAUCUAAGAAGCCAUUCAAACACAAGAAACAAAACCAAACUUUAAAAAAUUGACCAAUCACCAUACUUUAUUUCUAAUUAAAA